CCCCGGCCCCGCUCGGCGCCCCGGCGCGCGCCCCCUUCCCGGCCUUGUCCUCUCCCCUCCCCCCGCCGCCCGAGAGCCCCUCUUGCACGCCGCCCCCCGCCUCCCGGCGCCCGGACGAUGCUCAAGUCUCGGCUCCGCAUGUUCCUGAACGAGCUGAAGCUGCUGGUGCUGACGGGCGGGGGGCGGCCCCGGGCCGAGCCGCAGCCCCGGGGGGGCGGGGGAGGCGGCUGCGGCUGGGCGCCCUUCGCCGGCUGCUCCACCCGGGACGGUGACAGCGACGAGGAGGAGUACUACGGGUUGGAGCCGCGGGCCCGGGGCCUGGCCGGCGACAAGGAGCCGCGGGCCGGACCCCCGCCGCCGCCCGCGCCGCCGCCGCCGCCCCCAGGCGCGCUGGACGCCCUGUCUCUCAGCAGCAGCCUGGACAGUGGGCUCCGAACCCCUCAGUGCCGGAUCUGUUUCCAGGGCCCGGAGCAGGGGGAGCUCCUGAGCCCCUGCCGCUGCGACGGCUCAGUGCGCUGCACGCACCAGCCCUGCCUCAUCCGCUGGAUCAGCGAGAGGGGCUCCUGGAGCUGUGAACUCUGCUACUUCAAGUACCAGGUCUUGGCCAUCAGCACCAAGAAUCCCCUGCAGUGGCAGGCCAUCUCCCUGACGGUCAUCGAGAAGGUCCAGAUCGCUGCCAUAGUGCUGGGCUCGCUCUUCCUCGUCGCCAGCAUCUCCUGGCUCAUCUGGUCCUCGCUCAGCCCCUCAGCCAAGUGGCAGCGGCAAGAUCUGCUCUUCCAGAUCUGCUACGGCAUGUACGGCUUCAUGGAUGUCGUCUGCAUAGGCCUCAUCGUCCAUGAAGGCUCCUCUGUCUACCGCAUCUUCAAGCGCUGGCAGGCAGUGAACCAGCAGUGGAAGGUCCUGAACUAUGACAAGGCCAAGGACAUAGGCGGAGAUGCAGGGGGCGGGACGGCAGGGAAGCCAGGCCCCAGGACCUCACGGACGGGCCCCCCCUCCGGGGCCACCAGCCGCCCCCCAGCUGCCCAGCGCAUGCGGACGCUCUUGCCUCAGCGCUGCGGUUACACAAUCCUGCACCUCCUUGGACAGCUGCGGCCACCCGAUGCCCGUUCCAGCUCCCAUUCUGGCCGAGAGGUGGUCAUGAGGGUCACCACGGUCUGAAGUGGACUCCAGGAGCAGGGAUCUCGAGUCAACGCAUCGGCCAGAGCUGGCCUCUCUUGGCUGCUGGAGGUACCAGCUGGACAAGGUGUUUGGGGCACACCACCCUCACCACUGAGGAUCUCGGUGGGGCAGCCUCGAGCUGGAGACAUUGUCUGGCCGCCAGGUAGAGACACCCGGAUGACAUUCCAGCCCCCACCGGCAGCUCCUCCCACGCGUCCUGAGACAUCCACCAGGGCAGCCAGGAGGGGAGAGCAGCUCUUCUUCCCUGGAAAGAACCAUCUUUACCUCAGCUCCUGGGGCCUCCAGCCCCCCAGCUCCACCACCAAGACUUGGUGAAGGGGGACCAAUGCCAGAAGAAAGGGGCUGUAGACCCCAAUUCCCCACCCCAUGGCCACAGGGCAUCUGGCAAUAAGACUAGUAUACAUUGAGCUCCCGUUCCCUGCAUGAGGGCGGGGACUUCCCCCUGCGCCACCCCCACUGCAUGGGGGAAGGGCAUAAAGAAUCAUUUAUAUGCACGUGGAGACUGCUUUCUCAUCUGGGGCACUGCAGGAGGGUGGGGAGGCAUGGGGAAGUUUCUCUGCACAGGUCGCCAACCCCACGUGCAGCAGUGGGUUCUGAGUUGGAGGUGCGUCUCCCUCUUGCUGGUGAAUGAUUCACAUUGGCUGCUAGGUGGCAGGUGGCAGCAUUUGGAGGCAACUAGGGUGCACCUGCUACCCACAAGUUGGGUGACAUAGAAAAAAAUUCUCACAGCUAUGGCUUUCCUGUUUACCUCGUAGGGUUGGAAUGAGGAUAAAUGAGGGACAGGUUGGACGCCACUGCAAAGAAAAUCAAUAAUGGCACAAAUAGACUUCCAGACUAGUUAAUGGUCCGUUUAUUCCAAAUAGUAGUCGGUUUAGCAAAUUCCAAAGUGUGUUUUUCAUCUGGAGUUGUCCAGAACCUUGGAAUUUUGUGUUGAGUGACAUAAUAGACAUGGAAAUAUGAGGGGAAGCAGACACUGCACGUGUGGAAGGUGGUGGUGGUUCACGAGAAUGAGAACUUCUCGGACCCCCUAAACCUGGGGACUGGGGGAAGGCUGGAGCCAACCGUCUUGUCCUGGAGACCGUUUAGGUCCUAUUAGUCCUUCUCAGGUACUGUGCUCACUCAGAACAGUGGUGUGGAGUGAGAUGGGAGGGACUCUGCUGAUAUAAUGAGUCUCCAGCCCCAGUUUCAGCUGUGUCUAUUGCAGUUCAGGGUCACAGGUCUGAUCCCCACGCGCCCAGCUGGUGGUAUUAAGUGGAAAGUAUUGUGCUUGGAGGCAGCAGCCUAGAGAGCUGUUGUUUGUAGAGAAAAGAUCUGGGAGGGACUGGUUAAAAUGUGGGUCAGGCUGAAGCCUGGUCCAUUUCUCUUGAGGCCUUCGGGCUGUGUAUUAUAUGAUUGAUGCUAUCUUUUAAGUGAACUAUUCAUCAGCAAUUAAAAUAAU